AUGGGUAUGAGAAGUGAGCUUAAAAUGGACAUGGAAAAUAAUGUGAAAGAAAUGCGGCACAUAUCGCCUAUGUUUCUCGUUCAUCAACAACCAAACGUAUUGAAUAGUACUGGAGAGGAUGGUUCUUUCCCCGUUAGAGAUGAAUGGUUGGAUAUAACAAAUCGAAUUGAUGAACAUCCAUCUGCUGAAGAAUUGGCAUAUGAUUCAGCUAGUCAAAUGGCAUAUUUAAUUCGUGAGCGACAAAAUGAUGAAAGUUGUAAAUCGUCGGUUGCUGCAUGCGAUGCUUAUACGUCGAUGUGGCCACAAAUUGAUGGCCUUUGCGACUUAUUUUUUGUAAAGUGUUUGGUUGAAGUAGCUGGUACGAUUUGUCGUAAUUAUACUGAGAAGGACAUUUUCAAACAUGCACCUGACUUAUGUGAUAAUGUAUCUGAUUUCUGCACGCAAAAUCGAGAAGCAACAAUUUCAUUCUGCUGGGCAUAUCUUUAUCAUCGAUAUGGAGAAAUUUCAAUGAAUCCACCAUCUCUGAAGACAGGACUUAACAAAUUUAUAGAAAGUUUUAUUUAA